GGGUGACGCUCCAGUCUUGGCGGCCCCAGGUUGUCUGGAGUUGAUAGUGGAGCCCGUGGGAGUGAUCCCAAGGGUAGCCAGGGAAGAGACCAGAAACCACUCGGGAGAAACCCACCCUUGGCAGACCAGACAAGGGGGAGGACCCAGCCAGAAAGUCAGAAGGGGGGUCAGAGGGCUGGGGGAAUGAGAAGAGAGCCAUUCUCAGAAGCCGGGGCCGAGUGAGUGUCCCGAGGCCCUCCUUCUGCCCUUGUGCUGGGGAGCCUCUCGGGGCAUGACGGCCGGGUGAAGGUAGGAAGCUGUCACAGGCGAGACCGAGUCUGAGGCUCCUCGACGAUGUGUUUCCCCGUAGGUGGUCACUUCUGAUGUCCUGCACUCUGCCCGGAUUCUGAUCCUGCACAUGGGCCGAGACUUUCCCUUCGACGACUGUGGCCGAGCUUUCACUUGUCUCCCCCUGGUGGAUCCUACAGCCCAAGUGGAGUCUCUCACCUGUAACCUGGAUGCGCUGCUCUACAUAAUGACCCACAAGCUGGGCCGGGGCUGCCCCCCAGGCGUGUGGGUCUGCAGCACGGACAUGAUCCUCUCUGUUCCAACAAGCCCAGAGGUCUGCUGGGAAGGCUUUCGAGGAGCCAGAGUGUUCUCUCUGCCCGCGAGUGUGACCUAUGCCCGAGACCACGGGGUCUACCUCACCGACGCCCAGGGCUUGGUCCGUAACAUUUUCUACCGGGGCUCGGAGGCGCAGAUGCAGCAAUGUGCAAGGCCGGACGGGAAGGUGCCACUGGUCUCUGGGGUUGUCUUCUUCUCCGUGGAGAUGGCUGAGUGCCUCCUGGCCACGCACGUCUCGCCACCCUUGGACGCCUGCACCUACAUGGGUCUGGACUCUGGCGCCCGCCCCAUCCAGCUCUCCCUGUUCUUUGACAUUUUGCUGUGCAUGGCUCGGGAUAUGAACCGUGAGAGCUUUCUGGCUGGUUGUCACCCUGAGAUGGGCCAGGGCGACACGGAGCAAGCAGGGGAUCGACGGAGCGCCCGGGCGGUGCUGUGGAAGGGGCUCCGGGACCAGCCUCUUAGCCUUACAUACGUCCCAGAUGGCACCUACGAGUAUAUGACCUCAUCAGCCAGCGCUCACCUCCGCAGCCUGACGCUUCCUCGGGACCUUUUUGCACAGAUUGUGCACUCCCAGGUGGAGAAGCCUCAGUUCUUAGAAGCCGGAUGCUCUGUGGUUAAUAGCCUGUUGGAAGGAGAGGUUCACCUGGGCCCUGGAAGUGUGAUUCAUCACUGCCAUCUCCAGGGUCCCAUCCACAUCGGUCCUGGGUGCCUCCUGCUCGGAAUAGACAGAGCUUCCUCCAGCGCCCUCCAUGGCUUGCCACUGCAUGACCUCAUCCUCCAAGGCCAUUAUAUCCAACUGCAGGCCACCUCCGUCCAGGUGUUCACCCUCAUUGGGCGCCAAGACUCCUGGCAGAGCCCAGCCCUGGGGAAGGGCACCUAUCUCAACGUGCCCUGGACCGAGUUCUUUCAGAGGACAGGCAUCCGGGACGGCGACCUCUGGGACUUGGAUACCCGGCCGGCAGAGCGCUGCCUUCUCACGGCGCGGCUCUUCCCGGUCUUCUUCGCCUCGCGGCCCCCCGGCCCCCAGGACGUGCUGUGGCUGCUGGGCCCCCCGGGAGGAGGCUCCCUGCAGGCCUGGAGGGCGGCCUGGCGCAUGUCCUGGCAGCAGCUGCAGCUUCACUUGGACCGCGCGGCCGCGCUGGCUUCCCGCCGGGCCCUCUUCUUCCAGCAGGCCCAGGGCAAGGUGCGGCGUGUGCUGGGGGGCCGCCAGGACCUCAGCCUGCUGCCGCUGAUCAGGGCCGCCACCCGCGAGGGGCACCAGGGGCCGCUGCUGGCCACCUUGGACCAAGUUGCAGCUGAGGCAGAAGAUCUCGGGGUGGCAGCCCGGGCCUUGGCCUGUAUAGCCGAUGUGCUGGGUUGCAUGGCCGGGGGCCAGGGGGGUCUUCGGAGUGGACCAGCAGCUAACCAGGAGUGGGCCCUAGCCUUCCAGUACCUGGAGAGAGGGGAUGUGGCGAAGGGCGUGGAAGAGCUUGCCCGUGAGAGGACCAAGUGGCUGGGCAGGCCGGCCCUGCUGGUGAGAGCUGCUCGGCAUUACGAAGGAGCUGAGCAGAUCCUUAUCCGCCAGGCAGUGAUGUCUGCCUGCCACUUUGUCACCAUGGAGCCGGUUGAACCCCCGCCUUAUGGGCACUGGGUGGUGGUGGAGUGCCCCUCCCGGGUGGACUUCUCCGGUGGCUGGAGUGACACGCCACCCAUCACCUACGAGCACGGAGGAGCCGUGGUGGACCUGGCCGUCCUGGUGGAUGGACGGAGGCCCAUUGGGGCGAAGGCGCGUCGGAUCAUCGAGCCCGAGUUGCGGCUCUCAACAGGGACCUGUUCGGGUGAGGUGUUCACAGAGCUCGUGUGCCGGAGCCUGGAGGACCUGCAAGACUACUGUCAGCCUCACGCCCCAGGGGCUCUGCUGAAGGCAGCUUUCAUCUGUGCCCAGAUUGUGCAGCUCUCCUCCCCGAAGUCCCUGCAGACCCAGCUCCACCAUGGCUUUGGGGGUGGCUUUGAGCUGCACACGUGGUCCAACCUGCCUCAUGGCUCUGGCCUGGGCACAAGCAGCAUCCUGGCCGGGGCGGUGCUGGCGGCCUUGCAUCGGGCAGCAGGGAGAGCGGUGGGCACUCAAGCUUUGAUCCAUGCUGUGUUACAUUUAGAGCAGAUGCUUACCACAGGUGGUGGCUGGCAGGACCAGGUGGGUGGCCUUGUACCGGGCAUAAAGAUAGGACGAUCCAGGGCCCAGCUGCCCCUGAAGGUGGAGGUGGAAGAGAUUUCGGUGCCCCCAGGCUUCAUACAGACCCUCAACGAGCACCUCCUCCUAGUGUACACAGGCAAGACCCGCUUGGCCCGAAACCUGCUCCAGGAUGUCCUGAGGAACUGGUAUGCCCGGCUGCCCGCGGUGGUGGACAAUGCCCAGGCUUUGGUGAAAAAUGCUGAGGAGUGUGCGCAGGCCUUCUGCCAAGGGAGCCUGCCCCUCCUGGGUCGGUGUCUGACUCGAUACUGGGGACAGAAGAAGUGCAUGGCUCCUGGCUGUGAGCCCCAGGCUGUGCGGCGCAUGAUGGAUGCCCUGAAGCCCUACGUGUACGGCCAGAGCCUGGCAGGGGCUGGAGGUGGUGGCUUCCUCUACUUGCUGACUAAAGAGCCCCGGCAGAAAGAGGCCCUUGAGAGAGUGCUGGCCCAGACAGAGGGCUUGGAGAACUACAGCAUCCACCUGGUGGAGGUGGACACCCAGGGCUUCAGCCUGCGGGUGCUGGCCACUGACACAUCUUCCUGACCGGGCCUAGCCUCCCACGCCCCGUUCCAGCCCCCUCUGGGUGUGAUGCCGGGAAGAGCCUGAACUUGGCCCAGGGAGCCCUGGCUUUUCUGCUUUCCUCCCAGGAAGAGGUAAACGCCAGGGUCUCAUGCUUCUUUCUGGGGGCUGAGCAAGAUGUCACUGGGCCUUGAGAUGGUGAGCUGGCCCCUUCUUCAAGGAGGGCCUUCAGGAACUAGAGUGGGCGAGGUGUUUGGGACUUCCCCCUCCCAGCAGAUCUCAGCCACCCUCAUCUCAACCUCCCUGCGUCCCAGGGGUCUCCAGCACAUCCUGGUCCCUAACCCCACCGCGGAUUUAACCAGAUUUUGCUUCCAAUGGAAGAAGACUGUGGGGGGAGGAACCGCCAUGGAACUCUCCAUGAGAGCAGACUGUCCCGUUUCAGUGCACUCAGCCAUCGUCCCCCGGGCUGUGCUGCUAGUUCUGCCAUGACUCAUUUCUGCAGACAAUUGCGAGGGCCCAGAACUUGAGGGGGACAGCAGCACCACUAAGCCCCCUCCUCCUCUGCCUCCUCCGGAUCCAGAGUUUAAAGAAGGUCUAGUGCUCAACGACCCCAGUGUUCUCAUUCCUCAUGCACAAACCAGCCCAAGCGUCCCCUUCUGCACCUGAUUUCCCACCCCAAGAGGCCCUGUGAAUUGCAGCCUUUUCUUCCCCUCUUUUCCAAUGUCCCUUCCCUGGAGGCUGGCUCUGCCUUGGGGACUCUGGGGUAUAAUUCUAACUUCCUGCACACCUUGGCCCAAUUGUAGAAAGUCUAUUAGGGAGUUUAUUUCUCUUCCCUGCAGGAUAAGCCAGAGGAAGCCAGGCUUUCCUCUCAUCAAGCUUUACAGAACUAGUAAUGUCAUAGCAACCCGGGCGGCAGGUGAGGGAGCAGGGAGCAGAGCUGUGUUCAUUUCGGGGGUGGGGGAGUGGGUGGGGGUGGGAGCUGGGACUGGGCGCCCAGGAGGCUGACUCACUUCAUGCCAGCCACAAUGAGCAUAGUGAGAUGCCAUCUUCACCCACGCCCAAUUCCCUAGCCUCAGGCCAGGAUCUGGAGAGGAUACGGCACAGUCAUUGUAAAUCCAGGUUUUAAUAAAUGAAUGUUGAGUCAUGUUUUAAAGGGGACAUUGGGACACCUGUACCGGGUACUGCCAGAACCAAGCCUUUCAGCUUGUGGCUUAGUGGCAAUAAACCAAUCAUUCUUCA